UGACGUUGGCCGCGAGUCGCGGCGAGUCAGUUGUGCACGGUCGCUCGCGCGUUACGCAUCGGACGUUGGCCACGCCGCACGGACGCGUUCGCAACGUAACAGAGACUGAAAGAGAGUCACAGACAAGCCAGUUUAACGCGCGCGCGCGCGCACCGCACCACUCCGGCACAUUCGCUACUUUCUACAGUCGCUCUCGCGUCUCCGCCGAAGGACAACACUCUCGUGGCGUCUCGUACUCUCGGCGGCCGUUAGCGCAGCAUCUCGCCGGACAAUUCGAAACUCGCUCGAGUUCGCCAGAGUGCGACACGACGAUUCUUCGUGGCCGAUCUCUCGCCCCGCGAUCAGUCUGCGCGCCGUCGGAUCCAGAUCCACGCCGAAGAGAGAGAGAGAGAGAGAGAAAAAAAAUUGAGCCGGAGCUGAGCGGAUUGGAACAUGAAAACACCUAUGGAGAAUCAGCUGUCCUGGCUCGCGCUGUUGAUGACCGCCCUGUAUUCUCUGCUCGCUAGCUGCCGAGGUGAAGAGUGCGGACACGAGGAGCUGGUGAGGUGCGCCAGGCCCCUCGAGAGAAUCAACAGCAACGACCUGAGUCUCGUGACGAAAAAGGAGGAAUUCAACAAACUAUGCCCGGAUCUCGAGGCUGGUAUGAAGUGCAUCAAAAGGUACACGCUCAAUUGCAUGAAGGAGAAGCAGAGGGAACACUUCAACUCGCUCUAUACCGGCACCAACAUGGCCAUCAUGGAGCUCUGCCAAGAGGGCCCGUACCAAGACGAAUUCCUCAGGCACGCACCGUGUAUGCAGAAAGUCAAGGCCGAGUACGAGAUGUGCUACAAGAGGUACCAGAAGACCACGCAAGAGAUCGAGAGAGCCAACCGCACCACCGCCAGCCAGGGCUCCCUCAAGUCCCUAUGCUGCGCCUUCACGGAGUACUUGGAAUGCUCUCAUCAUACGGUACGCCGUCAGUGUGGCGAUGAUGCAGCGCGAUUCACGAAGGAAUUCCUCGACAGGUUGUCAAGCUCGCUGAUGAAGAUGCACUGCGCGCCCUAUACGCACGAGGAGUGCGCCAUGUACAGCGGUAGUUCAAUGCCGUACCUCCCCGCCAUUAUGCCAAUGACGCUUAUUCUCCUUAUGAGAUACUUCACGUAAUUGGCCGCGUCAGGAUCAUUUUUUACCUUCGAAAGAUAGAGAGAAAGAGGGAGCGGGAGUGGAAGAGAGAAAGAGGGAAUCGAGGGGAGAAGAAUGGUGAGAACGAGGAGGAGGAGGAGGAGGAGGAGGAGGAGGAGCACGUAGGAUGGAGGAGAACGCGGAGGAGUCCUAAGACAUGGACCGACGCGCGGAAGGAGGUGGGAGAGAGGGAGGCCAUGCGGCUUUUAUCAUUCUUCGCUUCAGAGAGAAUAUAUUCCUUAUUUUCGAAGUGCUCGAAGAGAGGCCGGUGGAAGAGGGAAGAGAGAACGAGGAGGAGACGGAGAGGAAGGGGGAAAGAUGGAGACAGAGAGAGAGAGAGAGAGAGAGAGAGAGAGAGAGAGAGAGAGAGAGAGAGAGACUUCGAAAGGGAACAAAGAGAGCAUUAGGUGCGAGGGGGAAGAAGGGAGAUCCGAGGACGCUGAAGGACUCGGAGAGGGAAGCAAGCAGCAAGGAGAGGACCGAGUUCCUUUCUUCAAAGGGACGAUAUUUUUCAUUUACGAGAUGGCGCGAGAGAUCACGUUAAUCGAUCGCGAAUGGUAAGCAAGUAACAGCCGUGAGAUCAGUAUUAAAGACUGACGGGAGGGAAAAUAGGACACUCCAGAGAAAUACGAGUCGUACGAGAGAGAGAAAGAGAGAGAGAGAGAGAGAGAGAGAGAGAGACGCAGCAUCGAAAGCGCGGAAAGAUUCGCUAGGGGGGAGGGGGAGGCAGAAGAAGGAUCAUUAGUACGUUUCUCUUAUGCACGUCGCGAAGAUCUUGCGAAUGGUACAUAAAAGAGGACGCGAUCGCGACGCGAUGUGCCGGACAGCAGCUGAAGAACGGCGUUUGGAUGAAUAGAUGGAUGGAUCGAUCAAGGGAAUAAGCGAGCGAGCGAGUGAGCGAUCGAUCGAUCGAUCGUUGGACGACGGAUCAUGGAGGAGGCCGCUGAUUUCGUGUCCGCGCCACGCUGCCACGCAAGACUGACCCGAUUUCUGCGCGCGACGUCGCGAUAAGGACAAAAUAAAAAUACUCCAUUAUUAACCGGCGAGAUUCUUCGCGGAGGACGAGCGAGUCCGCUCGCGAGCGAUUCUUACUACGAGCUCUCUCGUCGGCGAUCCCGACGCUCGGAAGAACGACGAGCAGAGAAGAGGAGGAGAAGGAGAGGAAGAGGAGGAGGAGGAGGAGGAGGAGGAGUAACAGCAGCCGGGCGAAAGACGGAGGUGAGAUUUAUAGCGAGGUACGAGAAGAAGGCAAACGUGUCUUUCCGGCACGUUUCCGCCUCGAUUUCGGAAAAGGGCGCUCGUGCGGAACGAACGGACGAACUAUCGUCGCCCUGAAAUCAAUUUCGUCGAAUAAUCGCGAUCUAUCGAUUCGCGCGAGGCGGGUACGUCGACCUGGGCAGAGAAGAGAAGAGAGAUCGGCGCGGAAGAAGUCUAAGCGGGGACGAGGAAUCGCUCUCCUGCUCGCUCGGCGAGGCUGAAGAAGAGAAGAAGCGUGCGGAUGAAAUCACAGGCCGGCGAGAUCAUCUCUUCUCGCGCGUGUGUGUUUCGUCGGCGAGAGCGCGCGAGAGGCUCUUCUCGGGCCCGAUCGUCGCGAUUCCGCGAGCGAGCGAGCGAGUGUGGAAUUCAUUGAAAGUAAAGAGACAUUAGAACAAAUAUUAGAACGCGUUAUUACGACUCGUCCAAGUCGGCGAGAGCUCUCCACGGGGAUCCGAUCGGCCUCGGGAAACACACACAUGCACACAGCGAGAGCCGACUGGCAACGAAGCUGCGAGCUAGGUAUGUCAAACUAAUUUUCCCUUUCCGCGGGUCAUAGGGGAGCGGGUUUUCGCACUAUUUUUCCGCGGCUACGUGCGUCGCAAUAUUUGCGAAAUGAGCGAUCCGACACACAGCUCGCGCAGCCCCGUUCAAUUUCAGCGUCACAACGUGGCUUUGCGGGGCUGGGCCGAAUGUUUCCUUUGCUUUUUUUUUUUUUUUUUUUUUUUUUCCCUUUUUCUUUCUCGCUGCCGCUCAGCGCGCGCGAAAUUUGCGCUACGCUACACUUCGCCGUCGGACUCGAGGAUGUAAUCGGCGGGAUUGAUCUUACGAAGGACGAGGAGAAACGCGACAGGCGAUGAUGACGCGUCUCCUGACGCGCGUCCUUGCGCCGCGCGAGCACCGUUCACAGACUGUAGGUCCUACACACGGUGUAAUUCGUAGGUCGUAGGUCGUAGGUCACACACACAUACACACACACACACACACACACACAGCCACUUUGCGAGCCAUGCGCCGCGCGUUUUUCCACGCGUUCGUGUCCUAGGCAUGCCUGGUCGUAGAAAUUCGAGCGUCGUGUGUGUCAGGUGUGUGAGGUCCUAGCCAGUGGGAGCCGAUUCGCCGAUGAGUCUAUAUUUUUCUGAGAUCUGUUGUAGUUGUUGUACGUAUUACCGACACACUAAUUUAAAUAUACGCAGACACAUACAACACACACACACACACACAAGGACACGCGCACACGCUGCACAGAGAGAUAGUAUUAGUACUUGCAUUGCCGUGUCUUAAUCUUAAAGUAGAUAGUCCGAAGGAGAGCGAGUGUGUUUGCGAGAGUGUACGUGCGAGAGAGAGAGAGAGGGGGGGGGGAUGAGUUCGCGCGAGCGACACGCGCGCUGUCCCUCCGCAGGAAGGAAUCUCCUGGUCACAUUUCCAUUUUUUAGAGUCGAUUCUCGUAGCGUUUCAAUCGUUCGAUCGGGGGAUUACGCGAUUCUCGACACUGCCGGGGCAUCGAUCGCGCCUCUUCCCUCGUGUUGUUGUUGCACCGAGUGUUUCGGGAGGGAGAAAGAGAGGGAGAGACACGCCAUUAGAGGCGCCAUGCGACCUCAUCAGGAACGUCGUCGUUGUACCGAGCUGGUAUCCUUAAAUAUUCGCAGGAUCACCGGAACCGCUCGCGGCUCUUUCCCCUGAAUCCUGCGAGACACGACCGUUUCGCGCACGGAAGCAGGAUUAACGCCGGCAAUUCGGAAUCUCGGCGCGGCCGGAAUCGUGCUCGACUUCGAAACCGCUCCGUCCUCUUCGGAUCCC